AUGGUGGUGAUCUCCUGGCCCCUGGCUUGGAGAGGAACCCCCACCACCAGCGACUGCUCAGGGCAGCUAGGCUCCAGCCCCCACAUGGCCCUCUUUGGGCAGCCUCUGGCCCUCCUCUGUGGGCAAGAUGUUGCCCUGCCCCAACCAGUCCAGGAGAUGCUGGCUAUACUCAGUGAGAAAGGACCAGCCACUGAGGGCAUUUUCCAGAAAGUGGCCAACGAGAAGGCGCGUAGGGAGUUGAGAGAAGAGCUGGACAGAGGCGGGAACAUGGAUCUCACAAGCCAGCCCGUGCACCUCUUGGCAGUGCUGCUGAAGCCUCACCUAAGGGCCUUGGCCUUCCUGAGAAACAUCCCCUACAAGCUUCUUGUGGCUGACCUCUACAACAAGUGGCUGCUAGCACUGCAGCAGCCCAGCCUGCAAGAGAAAAUUGCACAGCUGAGAGUGGUGGCUGGCAAACUGCCUCCAGCAAACUGUCUCUUACUCCAGCGCUUGCUCUCUGUGCUCCACCGUAUCAGUGAAAAGGCAGACAGAAACCGCAUGGAUGCCAGCAACCUGGUGAUCUGUGUGGGGCCAAACUUGCUCAGCCCCACUGGCCAUGCAGAAAGAGAGCAAGAAACCUCCCUUAAGAGCACAAAAGGCUGCUCAAGUCCUUUGCAGCCCCUUGCACUGAACUCCCAGGCUCUCUGCAUGCAGGUGACACUCUUGGUGAAGCUCCUCACCGACAACUGCGCAGCAGUCUUUGGGGACAUCAUCGCCUGGCCGUUCAGACCCUCAACUGAGGAGUCACCAGAGCAUACAGACAGCUCCAGAGGUGCUGCUCAGCAGAACCACGCUGCCUUCAACAGCCCUAACCCCGAAGCUGACGGCAGCCCCACCACGUCUGGCCUGGAGCAACCCAAAGCAGCAAGUGCUUUUAUAGGCAGCAGCUAUCCAGCCUGCCUCUCUGCCCCUUCCCUGACAAACUGGAGGAAGGAGAUCAGCAGCAUGCACAGGAGCUUCUCUGAGGCAGACCUGUCCUCCCAGAUCAGCAACCUGCAAGGCAGCAGAAGGGCCCCGGAGGUAACCAAAAGCCGGGAGCAUUUUUCCAUUCGAAGCACAAAGCACAGCCUGGAGAAGGAGGCACUAGAAACAACACCUUGCCGUCCUAAAGUCACCCUUAGCAAAUGGCACUCUGUCCCAAAAACAUCCUCCAGGUGCUCCUGCAGAGCUCUUUUCUCCUCUGAUGGCUUGGUCUUCACCAGCUCUACACUAGCCUCACUCCCGAGCCCCCCAGAAAGCUUUCUAAAGACAUCCCAGCCUUUUCCCAUCAAGCCCAAGGAGGACAGCAGCAAAUCCAGGAGAUACUUCUGA